AUGGAAGGCUCAAGCGAUGAUCAUCCAAUUAUCAUUCCCGAACUCAGCAUGAAUAUGUUCGAACUGUUCCUCUCAGUUGCAUACAACAGUUGGAAACCCGAAGGUCCCACUCAUGAUGAUGUCCUCGACCUUCUUCGUUUCAGCAACAAGUUCAUGAGUCAAAAGGCUCGUGAUGUCGCCAUCAAUCACCUCCAUGAACGUCGAUUUCAACACAAACCAUACGAACUUCUCGCACUCUGCCUCGAAUUUUCAAUUUCAAAGUUCUUUGUUCCCGCUUUUCGCCGUCUCGUCGAAUUUCGCAUCCGUGAUAUUCCAGGACCAGUGCGAAGGAGACUUGGGUUUGAAGUCUGGAAUGCCUUCGUAGAUCUAAAAGAACUUCUCGAUGAGCAUAACCGUAUUGUUGCCUGCGAGGAGCCACCCAUUGUCACGCAUUCACCAUACUGCACUGACAACACCGCAUGUUUCAUUGAUUGGCGGCAACUAUGGUGGAACUCAAUGGCUCGUUUCCUCCUUGAUGGCCGCAAUCCUCAAAAAUUCCAUGAAGCUAUCGAGCGCUUCCAGGAACUUGGGCCAGAAAUUGGAAGGGUCAAUCCGGAGUGCUGGAAAAUGCUGCUUCAGACGGUGAAGAAUGCAACAGCAUUCUGUCUCGCUUUUGAUCUCGUCGAGGAGACAGCUCAGCAGUUGUCGGCGGCCCUGAUCACGGAGCCUGCCCCAAUGUUGACGAAAGCCGAAUUGGAUACCUUGGGCUUGCCAAGCCAUGAAGAAAUUUUAUAA